AUGGGUCGUCUUCACUCCAACGGCAAGGGCAUAUCGAGCUCCGCCAUCCCGUACUCGCGCACACCCCCAGCCUGGCUUAAGACCACACCCGACCAGGUCGUCGACCAGAUCUGCAAGCUUGCAAAGAAGGGCGCGACUCCAUCGCAGAUUGGUGUCGUUCUCCGCGACAGCCAUGGUAUCGCGCAAGUGAAGGUCGUUACCGGCAACAAGAUCCUCAGAAUUCUUAAGGGCAACGGACUCGCUCCUGAGAUCCCAGAGGAUCUGUACAUGCUGAUCAAGAAAGCUGUCGCCGUCCGCAAGCACCUUGAGCGCAACCGCAAGGACAAGGACUCCAAAUUCCGCCUCAUUCUCAUCGAGUCCCGCAUCCACCGUCUGUCGAGGUACUACAAGACUGUCGGUGCCCUUCCACCGACUUGGAGGUACGAGAGCGCCACUGCUAGCACGUUGGUCGCAUAA